AUGAAGUACGGAUUAAACCUAAGAGUCCAGUCCUCCCAACAAAAGAAGCAACCUACCAGGCCUCCUCGCCCUCCAGCACCUGGUUUUGGUGAAGACGAUGAAGAUGACAUAGAGAGAGAAAUUUCUAGACAAGCCAGCAAGAACAAGGCUCUCAAAGAUGUAGAGGAGCAACAUAAGAAAGCCCUAGAGGAAGAUCCAUCAGUGUUCGAUUAUGAUGGUGUAUACGAUGAAAUGAAGGAGAAAGCAGUUCGCCCCAUUGCACAAGAUCGACAGGAGAGAAAGCCAAGGUAUAUACAAACAUUGAUAGACAAAGCAAAAGUGCGUGAGAGAGAACAUGAGAUAAUAUAUGAGAGAAAGCUUGCUAAAGAGAGGACCAAAGAAGAUCAUCUUUUUGCAGAUAAGGACAAAUUUGUCACUGGGGCCUACAAAAGGAAACUUGCAGAGCAAGCAAAAUGGUUGGAGGAAGAACGUCUGCGUCAACUACGUGAGGAAAAAGAAGAUAUCACUAAAAAGGGUGGUGAUAUGAGUGAGUUCUACUUCAAUUUAUCAAAAAAUGUUGCUUUUGGAGCUGAAGGUAGUGAAGCAAAGAAGCCUGAGAAGCAGAGGGUGGAAUCAGCGAAUCCGAAAGAAGAAAAUCGGGGUGAAAGUGAAACAUCUGUGGGGUCCAAGGAAAGAUCUGAAUCCGUUGAAGCAAAAAAACCUGUUGGUGAUACACAAAAUAAACAAGAAGUCUCUAAUGAUUCCCUGAAGGAAGAAUCUGGAAAGGAUGACAUGGCAGGUCAACCUACAACAACGGAUCAUCAUAAAAGAAACCAGGAUGCUUUGGCUGCUGCAAAAGAGCGGUUUCUUGCACGAAAGAAGACCAAAGUAAAUGUAGAUUAAGUGACAUGUAUGUUUUACAAAUGUGAUUUUCUAAAUGUUAUAAAAAUUUGAGAUUUAGAUUGUUCAUCUUUAUAAAUCUUGUGCUUGG